GAAGGGGAGGGGCUCUUGCCUCUGGUGUGCUGCCUGAUCUGGAGGAGAAAUAUCCGUCCCCCAACAGCACAGCAAGUCUACCGAAAAUACGGACCGACAGACUGCGGCGGGCUGACGGUGACGCACAUGGAGAUCAUUUUUACAUUUUUUAAAUCAAUUGGACAGAGAGUGACAGAUUAACGUGUUUUCUCUUUUAUUUCAAAUAGUCUACUGCGCCAGACUGAUAGUCCAAACAGCCGAUUUACCACUUCAUGAGAGCGAGAUGUUCGUGUUGUAGCCUAAAAUACUGUCAGUGGGCUCAAUAAGACAAUCCUUGAAGGUAUGUAGCUAGGCUAAAUAUUUUUAGGAAAAAUUACACUGCGUUUCAGUGAACAAAAAUCCGUGAAAUGGAAACGUGCUUGAUAUUGGCACAUCCUCUCCUCAUUCAGAUGUGUUGAUGUAGAAUAUCAAUGCUUAUGACUGCAGCCUAGUCAGUCAAUAGCCUAUUCGUGUUUUCAUGUAGGUUUAAGUAUAUAUAUUUUUGAACAUGAAUGUUUGACAGAAGUUUACCUCUUAAAGGUAGCAUUUUUCAUCACCAUGGACACGCUCAUCAGUUGUGAGAUGUCAUCAAACAUGUUUUGGAAAGACAAAAAUGUACAUGAUGUAAUAUUUGGGCAAUCUGAACAACAUAUGGAAUUGUGAAUCUAUAUUCUGUCUGUUUUUUUCCCGAAAUAUUUGCCUCUAGCCUGUUUACCCGCUGGGCAGUGGACUUUUCAGCACCUCAGGGAAAAUUCAUUCUAAUAUCUCACUUUCCAAAUCAAAUCAAUCUUGACACCAUUGCACAUACUAGUGAAUAAUAAGUGGGGCAAGUAUUCACUUCUGAUGAACAUUCAGCCUAUUCACCGGCUUGCUAUUCACUGGUUCUUAAAGAUGUCAUUUAAAGUUAAAUACACUCUUGGGGUGAACUAAAAUGGAUGUUGGGAGUUGGGUUCCUACCGCAGGAGAUGGGGCCGCGAAUUUCACCCCGGCCAACCUCCUGCUGGCUUCCCAUAGUGGGACCGGUCUGACACCGGGGGGUAACGGUCUGUCCAACAACAGCCAGCAGCACUACAUCACAGACCAAGCCUACCGGGACUUCACCACUACCAUCCAGGUGUUCAUCCUCAUAGGAUCCCUGUUGGGCAAUGGCACUGUUCUAUGGUGUACCUGCUGUACCAGUGUCUUCAAGUCGGUGACCAGUCUCUUCAUUAAGAACCUGGCGUGCUCAGGGAUCUGUGCGGGUCUGAUGUGUGUUCCCUUUGACGUGGCUCUAGGGGCCAGCCCUCGCUGCUGCUGGUGGCUACACACUCUGCUGCUCUGCAAGGCCCUGAAGUUCCUCCACAAACUCUUCUGUUCCGUCACCGUGCUCAGCUUCGCUGCCAUCGCACUCGACAGGUACUACUCUGUCCUCUACCCUCUGGAGAGGAAGAUCUCAGACGCCAGGUCACGUGACCUUGUCAUCUACAUCUGGAUCCACGCCACCAUCGCCAGCGUACCCGUGUUCGCCUUAACCAACGUUACGGAUGUGUAUGCAACAUCGUCCUGUUCCGACGCCCGCGCCCGCUCCCUGGGUCACAUGGUCUACGUGUUGACCUACAACGUAACCACGGUGAUCCUUCCGCUCGUUGUCGUCUUCCUGUUAAUGAUCUUGAUUCGCAGAGCUCUCAACGCCAGCCAGAAGAAGAAGGUGAUCAUCGCAGCAUUAAGAACACCUCAGAACUCCAUCUCCAUCCCUUAUGUCUCUCAACGCGAGGCUGAGCUACAUGCUACGUUACUGGCUGUGGUGUUAGCCUUCUCAGCCUGUAGCGCCCCGUAUGGGGCGUUGGUGGUAUACCGCACUCUUCUCGGGGACGGGGAGGACUUGUCCCCUUCUCUCCAUCUCACGGCCAUCUGGCUGCCCAAGGUGUCUCUCCUCACCAACCCUCUGCUGUUUCUGACGGUGAACGGCUCGGCUCGACGCUGCCUGUUUGAUGUUCUAGUCCGGGUACACAGACGCUACAGCCGGCGUAACGUGGUCAGCACUGGGGAUCUGGGGCUGAGGGGCGAGGGAGGGUUGGGAGGGUCUGGGACCCUGGAGGGGUCUGCUCGCGCUGGGAGCCAGCUCCUGGAGAUGUUUAAUAUCGGACAGCAGCAGAUCUUUAGGCCGACCGAUGAAGAGGAGGAGGAGGUGGAGAAUGCGAGCCCUUCAUUAGGGUCAGGGGUGGGGGGCUGUCCUCAUCCCAAUGAGAACCACCACCAGGCAGGAGGAGGAGGGGGAGGAGGGAGACAUGGAGGGAAGGUGGUUCUACAGAAAGAGACCGAACCAACCAGAGAGAGCGUCCCGGUAACUAAAGAACAACCUCCUCUCUUAUUGCCCGAGGUCUCACCUGUCCGUGCCUGUGCUUACACCUCCUCGUCACAGGUGGCGCCAGCAACCCCCACGGAGCCCGAGGACGCCACCCAGUUUGGGUUCGGGCCAUUCGAGCUGCCGCCCCAGUGGCUGCCGGAGACCAGGAACAGUAAAAAGAGGCUCCUCCCACCGCUAGGGAACACCCCAGAGGAACUGAUCCAGACCAAACAGCCACGCCCAAGGCCAGAACGACGAAUCAGCAGGAACAACAAGGUCAGCACCUUCCCCACAUCGACCCCUGAACUAUAAACCCCGACCUUUGAACUGAUGGCCCCUGAUCACAGCUAUCGGCGGAGGUCAGCAUGUGGAUGAUUUGUGAUCCGUUUUGUGUCAAUGACUGGGUACAAAGUCAGUGGAGGAAACCCCACCUCAUCAACCACCUGACCAACCACCUGAUCAACCACCUGACCAACCACCUGCCCAAGGGCCCCCUGUAAGAGAGAACAGAAAGUACAACUCCAGAGCUCGAUGAGUCUGUCUCAUUGUUGAUUCUCUCUGUUGUGUAAUGCAGUGGUUCCCAAACGUUUUAUAGUCCCGUACCCCUUCAAACAUUCAACCUCCAGCUGUAUCCCCUCUAGCACCAAGGUCAGCGUACUCUCAAAUGUUGUUUUUUGCCAUCAUUGUAAGCCUGCCACACACACACACACACACACACACACACAC